UUGAGGGAAGCCACUAGCAACAGAAAAUUCAAUUCCAUUUAUGUGUUUUUAGAGAAAUACUAACACCCAAUCUUUUGUUUCCCCACAGCAUUGAACUCCUCUUCAUCUUUAGUGUUAACCUAACAAUGUCACUCUCACCAACAAAGUUAAGCUUCUGUCUUUCUUAUUCAGUUUCCAAGUUUUCUCCUUUUCUUUCGAUCCCUUCUUCCUUCUCUUCCUUUCAUUUACACUAUCACUCUCAGUCUCCUUCACUUGACCAUGACAAUGUUCACGAUGUUGUCUCCCAAUUUCAUCGCAUGUUUCAUAUGCGCCCUGUACCUCCCAUCUACCAAUUUGGACAGAUAUUGGGAUCUCUUGCAAGGGGGAAACACUAUUCUACAACUAUUUCCCUUUUUAAGCAAAUGGAGUUCAAGGACAUUCAAAUUAAUCUUGUGAUUCUGAACAUAGUCAUGAAUUGUUUCUGCCACUUAGGUCAAAUGCCCUUCUCUUUCUCUGUAUUUGCCAAAAUUCUCAAACUGGGUUAUCAUCCAGAUGUCAUAACCUUAAGUACCCUCAUGAAAGGUCUCCGUCUUAAUAGUGAGGUUGAGAAAGCUCUCACCUUUCAUGACAAGGCAGUAGCACAAAGAUUUCGAUUUGACGAGAUUACUUACGGGAUUUUGAUCAAUGGCUUGUGCAAGGUAAGAGAAACCGAAGCUGCCGUCAAGUUGCUCAGACUAAUAGAAGGUGGAUUAUGUAAGUCUGAUGUGGUAAUGUACUCCACUGUCAUUGCCUCUCUGUUCAAAGAUAAACUUGCAAAACAGACUUAUGAUUUGAUUAUUAAAAUGAUAUCAAAUAACAUCAUGCCUAAUGUUUUUAUAUAUAGUAUAAUGAUGAAUGCUUUAUGUAAGGAAGGAAAGUUAAAAGAAGCUAAGACUGUGCUAGGUGUGAUGGUAAAAGCUUUUGUGAAACCUGAUAUUGUCACCUUUAGCAUCUUAAUGGAUGGAUAUUCCUUACUUAUUGAGGUGAAAAGUGCUAAACACAUAUUUAAUGUUAUGACCCAAAUUGGAGUAACUCAUAAGUUUACAGUUACAAUAUCAUGAUUAUUGGAUUAUGUAAGAGUAAAAGAGUGGGUGAGGGUAUGAAUCUCUUUCAGGAAAUGCCAUAAGAGGAACAUGGUUCCUAAUACAGUGACUUAAACUGCUCUUAUAGAUGGUUUAUGCAAAUCUGGGAGAAUAAGUUAUGUUUGGGAUCUUAUUGAUGAGAUGCAGGAUAGAAUCAACAACUAGAUGUAAUCACUUAUAAUUGCUUGAUCCAUGUUUUAUGCAAAAAUUAUCAUCUAGACAAGGCAUUUGAAUUAUUCAAGACAAUGAUGGAAAAGGGAAUUCAGCCUAAUAUGUACACCUGGAACAUACUUUUUGAUCGAAUGUGCAAAGGGGGAAGACUUGAGAAGGCACAAGAGACCUUUCAAGAUCUUUUAAUUAAAGGAUACUGAUUAGAUGUAUGUAGUUAUAGUACUA